UUUCCGGGAGGAGACACCGGGCCCGGCCCCGCCUUCCUGGGCAGCCAUCUUGGAUGGUAGCGACGGCGCCGAGGGGGCCCCGCAGUCGCCGCUCGCCCCUCCCCAGGCCCGGAGCGGCCCGGCCCGCGGCCCAGCGCGGAGAGAUGAGCAACAAUACUAAUAAGAGAGCACCAACCACAGCAACGCAGAGACUUAAACAGGACUACCUUCGAAUUAAAAAAGAUCCAGUGCCUUAUAUUUGUGCUGAACCUCUCCCAUCAAAUAUCCUUGAAUGGCACUAUGUUGUACGAGGACCUGAAAUGACUCCGUAUGAAGGUGGCUAUUAUCAUGGGAAACUAAUUUUCCCCAGAGAAUUUCCCUUUAAACCUCCUAGUAUUUAUAUGAUAACUCCUAAUGGAAGGUUUAAGUGUAAUACAAGGUUAUGUCUUUCAAUCACUGAUUUCCAUCCUGAUACAUGGAAUCCAGCUUGGUCAGUCUCCACAAUCUUGACAGGCCUCCUUAGUUUUAUGGUGGAAAAGGGCCCCACAUUGGGGAGCAUAGAAACCUCAGAGUUCACAAAAAGACAACUUGCUGCACAGAGCUUAGCGUUUAAUUUAAAAGAUAAAGUCUUCUGUGAGCUGUUCCCUGAAGUGGUGGAGGAAAUCAAACAAAAACAGAAAGCACAAGAAGAGCUCAAUAAUAGACCUCCAACCCUCCCGCUACCAGAUGUUGUCCCCGAUGGGGAAGCACACUAUGGUCAAAACGGGAUACCACUUCUUAAUGGGCAUGUACCACUGGCAGCUGCCAAUCAUCCAGAUCUCCAACAGGCCAACCGUAACCAUGGACUCUUAGGAGGAGCUUUGGCGAACUUGUUUGUUAUAGUUGGUUUUGCAGCCUUUGCCUACACAGUCAAGUAUGUACUGAGAAGCAUAGCGCAAGAAUGAGGAACAUUACAGAAAUCCAAGACCAAAUUAGUGGUAGUUGCAGAAUGAGUGGGACUCUUUGGGCAUCAGACUUUGACACUGGGAUAAAUAUUUGUGCUACCAGGAUGCAGGUAAAAUACUGGUUGGCUCAUGGGUUUAGUUUGAAGCACGUGCAGUUUGUCAGAAAGGGAAAAAAAAAAGAUGUUCUGCUCUCAAUUCCUGUUGUCCUCACUACAGUUCGGUAGUGACUCACUGGCAAGUCAAAGCAUUAUUGAUGAGAAGUGGCAUUUUUAGUGCUUUGAUUUUUAUAGCACUUACCCAUUCUCUUUUCAGAAAUUAAAAACCUUUUAAGGAAAUAAGGCUUUUUAUGAGAUUGAACAAUUUUUAAAAUGAUAUUUGAAGACACAUCAUAUGUUCUACAUGAAACUUAGCUGAGAAUUUCAUUGCAAAGGGUCAGGGUGUAUACAUUUGGAAUGAGUAAAAUGCAAGUUUCCUCACUCUAUUUUGGAAGGGCCUGGUUUAUUGUGAACAUCUGUGCUACAGAAAGUAGCUGGUACAUUUUAUAAAAUAGAAUGGACAUCAUUGCAUAUCUAGUCGAUACUAGUGAUUAGAUUAAUUGGAAAGGAACGCUGAGCGUGUUGGUUAAAUGUGUUUUCAAAAUCGUCACAGUAAAAUUUAAGAAGGUUCAAUUUGGGCAAAGGGAAGCGCAAUUGCCAGCCUUUAAAGGCUGUUGGCCAGCAAAAAGCAUUAAUUAGUCUUGGUGUUUUUUGCAUUUAUUUAGUAAAAAUUAUGGUUUUUACAUUUUGGAAGUUCUUGUCAUUUAAGUGAAACAAGCUAUUUUAUUUUUGACCACAAGGUGCCACUGUUCGGUUUAAGAUUAGUCUGCAAAGAAUGAAGAGUUUGUUACAUUUUCAGAAGAAACAUCUCUGGAUUUCUUGUAUUUGGGUGUUUUUGGUAAGUGAAAUGGUAUUACCCGGAGGCUGUAAAGAGGCUGACUACCAAACCAGGUUCUUACAAGACAAGUGGAUUCUUCUGAAAGGCCACUCACUACAGUAGACUUGUACUCCAUACAUGCAGUCAGCACUGCUUACCUUGAUUGACCCUAUUUUCAAACUCCAUUACCAAAAAAAAACUUAACUGCAAGAGGCUUUUUGUUUUGUCUGAAUUUUAUCCUUUUUUUGCUUCUAUUACAUUAGUUUUGCUAUUCCCCCAUCAGCUGACUAACAGUUAAAUUCCAUCGGAUGGUAAUGAGGUUAUGAUUAUAUGAAUAUGCACUAAAACUACUAGUGUAGUUUGACAAUUUGAAAUGUUACUUUUACAGCUCAUACCUUCUCUUUCCCUUAUGACUUAAUCCUAAAGCUUUGACUUAUCACAGAGACAAACUUCCUGUGCCUUUGAGAAUUGGCAGUGGCCACCAAGCGAAUGAAAUACUUGCUCGUUGUUAUGAUAUCAUAAAGACUGUAAUAGGUGUUGGCAGGGUAAAAAUCUCUGCACUGAACUGCAUUUUUUUGUUAAAUUUUCUAGAGAGCCCAAUAAAUGUUACCUCAUGUAUUUAAGAAUGUGGGUUUUUUUUUUCUGGGCUGUUUUAUUUUCCUUUAUUGGUUAUUGAUGUUUGGUCUCUGCUUCUGCUUGGUACUUUGAAAUAACCAUUGAAUUAGGGGCGGGGCGGGAAAUAAUGGUAAACCCAUGAGCCAUGUAGCAUAGAUAAUCAGUAUAUAUGUGCUGUGAUCAGUUUUCUGGACUAGGUAUGGAUUAGCAGAACUAACACAAAUAGCUCCAUACUAAAGGAAUCUUAAAGCAGACCUUAAUGUGAGUUGGGGCGGGGGGAGGAGGGAGUGUGGGAAGGUAUUGUUUUAAGACAUGUAUUUAUAAACUUUUUGGAAAAAAAUUGAAUCUUGUUUUUGAUCAAACUUUUAUUUAUAAUUGGUUUUUAAUUUGCCUCUUGUAUGUGCUUAAACUGCUCCUGUUAAGAGAAGCGCCAGUUGUACCUGUGUCUAGAAAUGAUUUUGUUCUGUCAGUCUUGGAAACGUGUUAUGUCUUUUCUGCAGUGAUGGAGAUUUUAAGAUUGUUUUACGGGCUGUUUUUUUUGUGGGGUUUUUUUUUCUCUCCCCCCAAAGCAUACAGGUCUGUAGCAAUGGUUGAGCUGCCUCUUUAAAUCUUAAUAUCACCAAACCCCGCUUGAGACAUUCUUAGUAUGCUGCCUUUGCUACUAUUGUCAUUCACUACAGGCAGACAUGUAAGGAGCCUGCUAUGCAGAAUGGGGUAUUUUUCUUCUCUCAUGGAACCUUGUUGGGCCUCAGGAAUGAAGACCAAGGCUAGGAAAACGUGGCUGUCGUACUUGUGAGCCAUCUGUGAAUACAUCUAAUUGAGGUGAAAGGAUUAAUAAAAUCAAGAGGAUGUUGCUUUUCAAAAAAACAAAACAAAACAGUACUUUUAUUGCGUGGCAGGAAGUUGGCCCCAUAGUCCGCUGUGGACAUCUGAAGGCAGAGUAUCUUAAAAGGAAAAAAAAAAAAAGUGCCUCAAUUGGGAGUGCAAAAUUGAUACUAGUUACAAAACCCUGAAUAUGCUGCAUUUUUUGAUGAUUUAGAGGUUUUUUUGUUUUUGUUUUGCUUUUUGAAACAGAGCUCGUCUUCCACCAGUGAUUUUUCUCUUUGACAUCCUGGAGACUGAGAAUGAGUUGGUGGUGAUUUCAGGUGCUAUUUGGGAAAAAAUAGGAGCUGAAGCUGAUUUGCUGCCCCCUCCUUGUCCCCCUCCCCAUCUUUUUAUACAUGUCCUUUGCUGUUAUGCCUUUGGUAGCAGAGUACUUAUCCCUUGCAGUGUAGGUUUAUUAAACAACAUUUAUUACAAUAUGCAGUUUCUGAUCUUUGAUUUUGUUACCAAAGUCAGUAGAUGAAAUAAAUUUUGCCAUGCAAAAAUGCGAUAUCACGCCCCGAGGCAGUAUGUUAUCUCGAUGACACAAUAAAAAUGAAAGCUGUCCUUUAGUGUGUUAUGCUGGUAUCUUUGCCCUUCACUUCUGUGUUGCAUUUCCAUAGAGUAAGACUGUCAUGUGCAGCUGGUGGGUUGGAUUUACCACUCGCUUGGAACAUCGCAUCUUGACUAGCCUUCUAAAAAAUACAAUUUUUUCGUUUUUGAAUGACGGUUUUUAGAUCUGUAUAUAGUUAAUGUUUUCCCCUGAUCUCCAGUUGACGUCACUUUAAGCAUGUUUUGAGGAGUAGAAAUGACUGCAUUGUAAAGUUAUCCAUUCAUAAUAAAAGGAAAAAUAAAA